UAGGUAUAUCUCUGGGGGAAGGGAUUUUCUUUUCCUCUCGUGGUUUGUUUGACGCAAAGUUGAUAAUCAAGUGUGUUUGUUGACUGUAUAAAAAUUAUGUGAGGAACUUCUAACGGCUUUCACCGGUAUGAUGCAGACGAGGGGAAAAAACUUGUCGAUUACACGGGCACCUGUUAUGUUUCUAAUUAACUGAGUUAAACUAAUUAAAUCAUUUAUUUAGAACUGCAUGAGAUUUAAAGCAAUGGACUAAACCAUAAAAGAUUUUAUUUACGGAGAUUUGUCAGUUUUUGUAGAAUUUUUUGUGAGUUGAUAUCGGAGGGAAUUUGGCUACUACUUCUAUCAAGUCGAACGACAUCGAAUGCAUCCCAUUCGUUGAUACAUACUAGGUAUAUCUCUGGGGGAAGGGAUUUUCUUUUCUUUUCCUAUCGUGGUUUGUUUGACGCAAAGUUGAUAUAAUCAAGUGUGUUUAUUGACUGUAUUAAAAUUAUGUGAGGAACUUCUAACGGCUUUCACCGGUAUGAUGCAGACGAGGGGGAAAAACUUGUCGAUUACACGGGCACCUGUUAUGUUUCUAAUUAACUGAGUUAAACUAAUUAAAUCAUUUAUUUAGAACUGCAUGAGAUUUAAAGCAAUGGACUAAACCAUAAUAGAUUUUAUUUACGGAGAUUUGUCAGUUUUUGAAGAAUUCUUUGUGAGUUGAUAUGGAGGAAGUUAAUGAUUUCGACACUUGUAUCCCAGCUGUUGACAAUAGAGAUUCAGUAAGAGAAGAAAACGAUGGUGAGAAACAACGUUUAUCCAGUGAAGCAUUUACUAAACAAAUAUCAUUGCAUAGAAAUAUUACUGAUUAUCGUUGUGAGACUUGUGCGAAAAGAUUUUCUUCGGAACACGAAGUCUUCGCUCACAAACAAAUACACAACAGAGAAAAAUCGUAUCACUGUGAAAUAUGUGGAAAUUCAUUUAAUAAUAAUUCUCAUCUUGUCAUUCAUGUACGAAGUCACACCGGAGAGAAACCGUUUCACUGUGAAAUUUGUGGAAAAUAUUUUGUCAAUAAUAGUAAUUUGAACCGACAUAAAAGACUACACAACGGAGAAAACUCCUGUCAUUGCGAAAUUUGUGGGAAAUCUUUUGAAAAUAAUAGUAAUUUAAACAGACACAAAAGAAUCCACACUGGAGAGAAACCGUUUCAUUGUGAAAUAUGUGGGAAGAGUUUCUCUCAAAAUUCGAAUCUCGUUAUCCAUGUUCGUAGUCACACCGGAGAAAACCCAUUUCACUGUGAGAUAUGUGGGAAAUCUUUCGUUGAAAAGUCGAAGCUUACAAUCCACAUACGUGGUCACACAGGUGAAAAACCGUUCCACUGUGGAUUAUGCGAGAAAUCCUUCUCUGAUCAUUCCAGCCUUGUUUACCACAAAAGGAUACACACUGGAGAAAAACCCUAUCAUUGUGAUAUUUGUGGGCAAACUUUUAUGAUGAACAGUAAUUUAACAAUACAUAAGAGAAUUCACACAGGGGAACAACCCUAUCGCUGUGAAAUCUGUGGAAAAUCUUUUAUUAAUAACUCUCAUCUUGUAAUUCAUAUACGUAGCCACACCGGAGAGAAACCUUAUCACUGUGAUGUUUGUGGUAAAUCGUUUAGUAACAAUUCUCAUCUUGUAGUUCACAAACGGAUACAUUCUGGAGAAAGACCGUACCAUUGUGCCAUAUGUGGAAGAUCAUUUAUUACGAAUUGUCGCUUAAAAAAGCACGAGAACACACAUACAUUCUAAAGAGAAAUAUUUUAACUGUGGAACGUGAGGAAUCUGUAUUUUGUACAUUUGAAUUGAAAGUCCAUCAAGAAGUGAACACUUAAAAACAUUUAUCUUGGGGGACGAGGGCGGGGAAUGGCAGAAAUAAUUCUCGUUUGAUUUUUGUUUGAUUUAAAUGUUUUCG